AGGAAACAUUCAUAGAAAAUAUGAAGGAGAAUGGACUGAGUCUGAUGGCUGCACUGUAUGUACUUGUGAAUCUGACCACAUUCCCCUGUGUGAUAGCUCUAAAUGUGAAAAUCAGUGUGAUGAAUUUUCUGAGUUUUCUACGUGCCCUAUGUCAUCUGGUUUGAAGGCAUGCGGUAAAAGGAUCCAGAUAAGAAAAUGCAAAAAUUCUGAGGCUGAACUGAAGAUGGAAAUGUGUCACCCCAAAUCCCCUGCCCAAUGUCCACAACCAGGAGUUGCUUUAACAGAAAGGGUUGGCAAAGUGGGUAUGCUUGUCCUGGGAGUACAGGUGAAACCAAGAUUCAAAUAUCGAUGGAUGGUUUAUUUUUCCUAUAGGGGCAAAGUUCUUUGUGGUGGUACUAUUCUCAGUCCAAGACAUAUUCUAACAGCAGCCCAUUGUUUUAUUAACAACAAACGUGCCAAGAUUCCACUUGGUUUUAUUGUAAACUACAUCAUAGUAAAAACUGGUAAACAUAAUAUAUCUAUUGUAGAAACACCUCUUGAACAAAACAUAAGAAUCAAAAAUGUAACCAUGCAUGAAGGAUUCAACUCAACUGAUAAUGAUAUUGCUAUUGUUACUCUUAAAACACCCAUUCAGUUUAACAACCACACACAUCCAAUUAAUCUCCCAAAUGAACCCUUUGAAGACACAAUACAGAGAUUAAGGAGAGGUCUUUGUAGAGUCAUAGGAUGGGG